CAACGUGGCUUCCGCUCCCAGCCGAAUUGCUAAGCUAACUACAUAGCUAUUAUCUGCAAUUUAACAGCAGUGUGAACGUCUUGUAUCAUCAAAGAUAUAUUAUAUCUUAUAUAUAUAUCGUAUAUUGUUUUGUUUCCAUUCAUCAGGAAUCUGUAAGGACGUCACAGUCCACGCAAGCAGCAUUACACGUUGAGCGUGUUUUUCCCGAACUAGUAAACGCGUCGGAGUGUAGCUUUCAGGCCUGAAAACGGGGGAAAGCGAACGAAACCUAAAAAAUCUGAGAAAACGUAUUUAUCCCUCAAAGGAGGCGAGAGUCUUAAAAUGAGAGGCUCUUACGCAGACCGAGAUCGAGACCGUGGUCGUGACAGAGGAAGCCCUCGUUUCGGGUCCAGCAGAGGCGGCCCAGCAUCAAUUAAAAAAUUCGGCAGUCCUGGUGAGCGUUUACGGAAGAAAAGAUGGGAUCUGGAGGAACUUCCCAAAUUUGAGAAGAACUUUUACAAGGAGCAUCCGGAAGUACAGCGCAUGAGUCAGUAUGACAUUGAGGAGUACAGAAGGAAGAAAGAAAUAACUAUUCGAGGUUCAGGCUGCCCAAAGCCCGUCACUGGCUUCCAUCAAGCUAAGUUUCCUCAAUAUGUAAUGGAUGUCUUGGUGCAGCAAAACUUCAAGGAGCCAACAGCCAUUCAGGCUCAAGGAUUCCCUCUCGCCCUCAGUGGGAGAGACAUGGUGGGAAUUGCACAGACCGGCUCAGGGAAGACCCUGUCGUAUCUGCUGCCAGCCAUUGUGCACAUCAAUCAUCAGCCCUACCUGGAGCGUGGAGAUGGACCCAUUUGUUUAGUUCUGGCCCCCACAAGAGAACUGGCACAGCAGGUCCAGCAGGUGGCGUACGACUAUGGGAAAUCAUCUCGUAUCAAAACCACUUGUGUGUAUGGGGGUGCUCCCAAAGGACCCCAGAUCCGCGAUCUCGAGAGAGGGGUUGAAAUCUGCAUCGCCACUCCAGGGCGUCUGAUUGACUUUCUUGAGUCAGGGAAGACCAACCUGCGGCGAUGCACAUAUUUAGUUCUGGAUGAAGCUGACCGCAUGCUGGACAUGGGAUUUGAACCCCAGAUUCGCAAAAUUGUGGACCAGAUCAGGCCGGAUAGACAGACGCUGAUGUGGAGUGCCACCUGGCCAAAAGAUGUACGUCAGCUGGCUGAAGACUUCCUUAAAGACUACGUGCAGAUCAAUGUUGGCGCUCUUGAGCUCAGUGCGAACCACAACAUCCUUCAAAUAGUUGACGUGUGCAUGGAUAGUGAAAAGGACAACAAGUUGAUACAGCUGAUGGAGGAGAUCAUGGCUGAGAAAGAGAACAAGACUAUCAUCUUUGUCGAGACCAAGAAGCGAUGUGAUGACCUCACACGUAGGAUGAGACGUGAUGGGUGGCCAGCAAUGUGCAUUCAUGGUGACAAGAGCCAGCCAGAGAGAGAUUGGGUUUUAUCAGAGUUCCGCAGUGGAAAAGCUCCAAUCCUCAUCGCAACUGAUGUGGCUUCCCGUGGUUUGGAUGUGGAAGAUGUAAAGUUUGUCAUCAACUAUGACUACCCCAAUUCCUCGGAGGACUACAUCCAUCGGAUCGGACGCACGGCCCGCAGCAAUAACAAAGGGACUGCGUACACUUUUUUUACUCCUGGUAACCUCCGUCAGGCUCGUGAUCUGAUCAGGGUUCUGGAGGAGGCCAGACAGGCCAUCAAUCCCAAACUGCUGCAGCUGGUUGACACUGGACGUGGAGGAGGCGGAGGUGGCCGUCCCCGUUUCCGAGGAAGCUCCACUUCCAACAAUCCCAACCUGAUGUAUCAAGACGAGUGUGACCGGCGAAUGCGCUCAGUUGGGGGAGGCAGCAGCAGUGCCAAAGAUGGCCGUGGGAGCAGCAGCAGCUACAGCCGUGACGCCCGUGACGCCCGUGACAGUCGAGGCUCGAGCAGCCGGGAUGGGGACCGCCUGUCCUCCUCAUCCUCUUCCUCGUCUUACAGGGAUCGCAGCAGCAGGAAUGGAGGACGCAGCUAUGGCUCCAGCUCCAGCUCUAGCUCGAGCUCGUACCAGAAGGGUAGUAGUAACAGCAGCAGUAGUACUAGCCAGUACAGCUGUCCCAGGGGCGGUUCUGCACCCGUGGGAGGCGAAGUGGGACCAGUCCCACCCUCCUUGUCAGGCCCCCAACCUCUAAUGGCCCAGCAGUUCAACCCGCCCCAGCCCGUGAUGGGCCUGAUGGGGCACUCAACCUUCCAGUUUGCUCAACCACCACCCCCACCGCCGCCACCUCCACCUCCACCUCCUCCUCCUCCUCCUCCUCCUCCUGGUAGGAAGUAAACCACACCCACUUACUGACACUUAAUUAUGAGCCAGUCUGUCCACCUUCCUGUUGAUUUAUUAGGUUCAAGAAAGAUAAACCGGGCUGAACUGCAAAAACUUUAAAAGCAAGGGGAUAGAGGAAUGAAAUCUGCCAAUAGAAAUGGAAAAUUUGACUUUGCAAGAUUUCUUAAUAUAGCUGGCCUCAUAAACCUCGACCAACGUCUUAAAAGUAGUGUAUUUAUACUAUCUACAUCUUUUUUUAGGGGAACCUAUCCUCCGUUAUUCCCUGAAAAACUCACCUAUUCACAACAACUGUAUUGCGUAGUCGCAACCUGGUUGCAUCUUGGUGCCGAGGAAACAAUUUGAAGUGAGUUGAGGAGCUUCAUUUCGAUGAAAGUAAUCAUUUGCUUCCAUCUUGUGGGGGAGGGCAUUCAUUGCUCAUGAAUUUUCGCUGUUAGCCCAUGAGGGUUCACUGUAUUAUUUGUAGAUGUACCUAAUAAAUCGGAAAGUGUGUUUUGUACAAUAUACUGGUACGUAGAUUUAGCGUUGUAUACUGUUCGAACAUGCCAGAUGGCUGUAUUUAAACUGUAGUAGUGAGUAUUUUGUUGUCUGAAACUUUUGAACCUGUUUGUACAAAUGUUUUUUUAUUUUCCUGACAGUGACUACAAGUUAGGUGCAGAUUGCAUUGUUGGCGUUUAGUUUGUUCAAGGCAUUGGAACAAUUCAUGUAUUUUGAGCAGAUUAAAUCAUAGUUCCAUGGCUUCCUUAACAUUAUUACUUUGUAGUGUUUCAUUUAGCAUUUUAAGAUUUUCUCUUUGACCACUUUGUGUUUAUUAAUUUUUGAGAGGUUUUAUGAUUUGCCUGUGUGGUCAAACUUUUGUAGCAGUGAUGUUGAUCCUUUCCUGAUGGAUUUUUGUCACCAAUUAAAGAUCUUGGUUGUGUUAUG